UGCAACGUGAUUAUGCAGGCUACCGCUUGUGGAUCUCUACUGAUACAGCAAGUUCUUUUCUGAGGUCAAGGUAUUUGCAGUAAUAUGGAGUACUCAAGCAUGAAGAAUAAAUCCACCAAGAAAAAAGUAGCAAUAGUAGGAGGCGGAUUGGUUGGUGGCUUAAAUGCAUGUUUCCUUGCAAAAAGAGGAUUUGAGGUUGCAGUGUUUGAAUCUAGAGAAGAUAUCCGCAGUGCCAAAAUAGUAAAGGGCAGGAGCAUAAAUCUUGCCCUCUCUCAUCGGGGACGCCAAGCUUUAAAACAUGUUGGAAUGGAAGACAAGAUUGUUUCCAAGGGCAUCCCGAUGCAUGCUCGUAUGAUCCACAAUGUGAAUGGAAAACGUUCUCCCAUACCUUAUGGAAAGAAAGGCCAGUACAUCCUUUCUGUAGGUAGAGCCAACCUCAAUAAGGAGCUGCUAACAGCGGCUGAAACAUAUCCAAACACACAACUGAACUUUAACCAUAAACUGCUUGACUGGAGUCCAGAAACAGGGACCAUGACCUUUCUUGGGUGUGAUGGUGCUGAAAAGGAGAUCCAGGCAGAUCUCAUAGUGGGCUGCGACGGUGCCUUCUCUGCCACAAGAAAGCAGUUUUUACGUCGCAGUCGCUUUGAUUACAGCCAGACCUACAUCCCACAUGGAUACCUUGAGCUCACUAUGCCUCCAAGAAAUGGUGAUUUUGCAAUGGAGCCCAAUUUUCUUCAUAUCUGGCCUAGGAACACAUUUAUGAUGAUUGCUCUCCCAAACAUGGACAAGACCUUCACCUGCACCCUCUUCAUGCCAUUUGAGGAGUUUGAGAAGAUUACCACAGAGGAUGAGCUGCUGAACUUCUUUCAGAAAUACUUUCCAGAUUCCAUCCCACUCUUAGGAGUUGAUGCUCUAAAGAGGGAUUUUUUCCAACUGCCUGCUCAGGCCAUGGUGUCAGUGAAGUGCUCUCCUUAUCAUUUGAACGACAAAUGUGUUUUAAUGGGGGACGCUGCUCAUGCUGUGGUGCCAUUUUAUGGCCAGGGCAUGAAUGCAGGCUUUGAAGACUGCCUUGUUUUCGAUGAGAUUCUGGAUCAGUUAAAUGAAGAUCUUUCUGCUGUUCUCCCGGAGUACACACGAGUUCGUGUACCUGAUGACCACGCCAUAGCUGAUUUGGCUAUGUACAAUUAUGUAGAGAUGCGAGCACAUGUAAACUCCAAGUACUUCCUGUUCCGUAAAUAUCUGGACAAUGCACUACAUUUUAUAAUGCCAAGAACAAUAAUCCCAUUAUACACAAUGGUCACCUUCACACGAACACGCUACCAUCAAGCAGUGAUCCAUUGGAAAUGGCAGAACAAGGCGAUAACUCAGGGCCUGUUGCUUUGGGGGACAGUGUCCACAGUGGGAGCGACUUAUUUGCUAAUAAGAUACUUUCCCAAAAAGCCCAGCAUCACUGUGGAGCAGCUAUGGAGCAAACUUCUAGCUCUUAACUGGUUCCAAAACUAAGAUUUUCCCAAGAGAACCUUGAAGAUAUUUUAAGAUGUCUCCAUCAUCCUCCAUACUUUUUUGCCCAUCCAUAAUUCCAAUGAAUACUUUCAGAUCCUGUGAUCUCCUUAACCUCAUUAAAAUUUAAUUUCAGCAAA